UUUACUCUUGACACUUUUUCUGCGCUCCCUUCUCUUUGGGCUGCUUUUUGGCUGGGUCCUGUCUGUGAAGUUCUCCGCGGUUCUCCCACGUUUUAGAAUUUUCAUCUUUUAUUUCCAGGAGUCAAUGCGAGACAUUAGCUCUGAUUAGGCGACGGCUGGUGACCCGGGGUGAUGGAGAUCACCCCCGCGAGGGGUGGACUGAACCGAGCACACCUACAAUGCAGGAAUCUACAGGAGUUCUUAGGCGGCCUGAGCCCUGGGGUGCUGGACCGAUUGUAUGGACACCCUGCCACUUGUCUGGCUGUCUUCAGGGAGCUCCCUUCCUUGGCUAAGAACUGGGUGAUGAGAAUGCUCUUUCUGGAGCAGCCUCUACCACAGGCUGCCGUGGCCCUGUGGGUGAAGAAGGAGUUCAGCAAGGCUCAGGAGGAAAGUACCGGGCUGUUGAGUGGCCUCCGUAUUUGGCAUACCCAGCUGCUCCCCGGUGGACUCCAGGGCCUCAUCUUGAACCCUGUCUUCCGCCAGAACCUCCGAAUUGCUCUUCUGGGUGGGGGCAAGGCCUGGUCUGAUGACACAAGUCAGCUGGGACCAGACAAGCACGCCCGGGAUGUCCCCUCACUUGAUAAGUACGCCGAGGAGCGCUGGGAGGUGGUCUUGCAUUUCAUGGUGGGCUCCCCCAGUGCAGCUGUCAGCCAGGACCUGGCUCAACUCCUCAGCCAGGCCGGGCUUAUGAAAAGCACCGAACCCGGAGAGCCACCGUGUAUCACUUCCGCUGGCUUCCAGUUCCUGCUCCUAGACACGCCUGCCCAGCUCUGGUACUUCAUGCUGCAGUAUCUGCAGACAGCCCAGAGUCGGGGCAUGGAUCUAGUGGAGAUUCUCUCCUUCCUUUUCCAGCUCAGUUUCUCUACUCUUGGCAAGGACUACUCCGUGGAGGGGAUGAGUGAUUCUUUGUUGAACUUCCUGCAACACCUGCGUGAAUUCGGGCUUGUUUUCCAGAGGAAGAGGAAGUCCCGGCGUUACUACCCCACACGCCUGGCCAUCAACCUCUCAUCUGGUGUCUCCGGGGCUGGGGGCACUGUGCACCAGCCUGGCUUCAUUGUCGUCGAAACCAAUUACAGACUGUAUGCCUAUACCGAGUCGGAGCUGCAGAUCGCCCUCAUUGCUCUUUUCUCCGAGAUGCUCUAUCGAUUCCCCAACAUGGUGGUGGCACAAGUGACCCGGGAGAGCGUGCAGCAGGCCAUCGCCAGUGGCAUCACUGCCCAGCAGAUUAUCCAUUUCCUAAGGACCAGGGCCCAUCCAGUGAUGCUCAAACAGACUCCUGUGCUGCCCCCCACCAUAACAGACCAGAUUCGGCUGUGGGAGCUGGAAAGGGACAGACUUCGGUUCACUGAAGGCGUUCUGUACAACCAGUUCCUAUCGCAAGUGGACUUUGAAUUGCUGCUGGCCCACGCGCGGGAGCUGGGCGUGCUCGUGUUCGAGAACUCGGCCAAGCGGCUGAUGGUGGUGACACCGGCGGGGCACAGCGACGUCAAGCGCUUCUGGAAGCGGCAGAAGCACAGCUCCUGAGCCGGCUGGGUCCGGCCCGGGGCGGGCGAGCGGGCGGGCAGCUUUCCAACUCAGGUGUAUUUUGUUUACACAUCGGGACAUUUCUUGUUUAAUAAAAUUGUGGAAAAAA